AUGAGUGCAGGUUCAGGUAUUAAAAUACCAUUUGAGGUAGCCAUUAACCCAGACCUUGAUCGCGCGAGAGCACAGCAUUUUCAAUGGAUUGAAAAUGCCGGGUUGAUACCUGACACCGAAGCGCGGAAAGUGUACGAGGCCACUGAUUUCCCUCGCCUUGUUGCAUACACUUACCCAUCAGCGUGUGCACCCCAGCUAGACCUCAUCACAAAUCUGAUAGGCUGGUCCUUCAUUCUGGACGAUUCGCUGGACAAACCAGGUAUCCUCAAAGCGUCGCCGAAGAACACCGCGGACGCUUUAAGCAGCUAUCGUGAGGUUCUCUAUGGGCGUACUUCCGAGACACCUGGCGUUCCUUUGGUGACAGCUUGGAGAGAAUUUCUGCGGUGCGUUCAUGAACGAUCAUCUGAGGCCUUGAAGGUUCGACACCGCACACAUUGGGAGAAUUUAUUCGAUGGGUUUCAGCAAGAAGCAGAGAAUAACGCCAGUGGAUCUGUUCCGGAAUUCACAGAAUAUCUGGAGCUGCGACGAGCUGCCGGUGGGGUCGAGAUCUGCCUUGACUGGGCUGAAGCGAUUGGCGAUUUUGAGGUCCCCAGCAGCGUUCACAAGGACCCCAAUUUCCUCCAACUCCGAGAAGAUGCUGAUGACGUAGUCAGCAUGACCAAUGACAUUUUCUCGGUUCGAAAAGAAUACAAAGGUGGCAAUACCGACAAUGUGGUGUUUGUGCUUGCAAAACAGAAGCAGUGCACGUGGGAGCAAGCCAUAGAAAUCGCCCAGGGGCUCAUCACAGAAACUGUGGCCCAUUUUCAAAGUACCGAGGCCGAAUUUCUUCGAAGUGCCUGCUUUAUCAGUCUCACCCCGCAAGAUCGGCUGGAUACUUUCAAAUUCCUCGAUGCAAUGAAACACUGGAUGCGGGGGAGUCUCGAAUGGCAUCUAAACAGCCCACGGUACAAAUAA